GAGAAAGAGUUCGACGAAGAAGGAGUGAGUUCUAGAGACGCCCGGCGAGCAGGACCCGCGCCUGCAGGAGAGCGUGGCCGACCCGGCUCCUCGCCUCCUCUGCGCGCUCUCUCGCGUCCGCUUUCAGCACCCCGAGCGGAGAACAGUUCCCGGCAGCCAGCAGCGCUGCUGAGUGGCCGCCCGGCCGGCCAGUACCCGGAGCUCCAGGGGGUUCAGGAGCACCCUCUGAGAACCCGCUGUGCACCCACCUUCUCCCCUUUUUUGGUGGGCAAGGAAGCACGGGGAAAAAGCAUCCGGUGGCCUCAGGGAGCCCUGAAGAAACCGAAGCAGAAUGUACCAGGGACACAUGCAGAAAAGUAAAGAACAAGGAUAUGGAAAACUAAGCAGUGAUGAAGACCUCGAAAUAAUUGUUGAUCAAAAGCAGGGAAAAGGCUCUAGGGCGGCAGAUAAGGCUGUUGCCAUGGUGAUGAAGGAGAUACCGAGGGAGGAGUCUGCUGAAGAAAAGCCCCUCCUUACUAUGACAUCACAGCUGGUGAAUGAGCAACAAGAAAGCAGACCCCUCCUGAGUCCCUCCAUCGAUGACUUUCUCUGUGAAACCAAAUCGGAAGCAAUAGCAAGGCCAGUAACAUCCAAUACAGCUGUACUGACCACUGGCUUAGAUCUCCUUGACCUGAGUGAACCAGUCUCUCAAACUCAAACCAAAGCCAAGAAGUCAGAGCCCUCAUCAAAAACUUCAUCCCUCAAGAAAAAGGCCGAUGGAUCUGACCUCAUCAGCACGGAUGCUGAGCAGAGAGGCCAGCCUCUCAGAGUCCCGGAGACUUCAUCCUUAGAUCUAGACAUUCAAACACAACUGGAAAAAUGGGACGAUGUUAAGUUUCACGGAGAUCGAAAUACCAAGGGACAUCCGAUGGCAGAGAGAAAAUCGUGCUCAUCUAGAACUGGAUCAAAAGAGCUCUUAUGGUCCUCAGAGCACAGAUCUCAACCAGAAUUGAGUGGUGGAAAAAGUGCCCUCAACUCUGAGUCGGCUUCAGAGUUGGAAUUAGUGGCUCCAUCUCAGGCUCGACUGACCAAAGAACAUCGCUGGGGAAGUGCAUUACUUUCUAGAAACCACUCCUUAGAAGAAGAGUUUGAAAGGGCAAAAGCAGCAGUGGAGUCAGAUACAGAGUUUUGGGAUAAGAUGCAAGCAGAAUGGGAAGAAAUGGCUCGGAGGAACUGGAUAUCUGAGAACCAAGAAGCUCAGAACCAAGUAACCAUCUCGGCUAGUGAGAAGGGAUAUUACUUUCACACUGAAAACCCUUUCAAGGACUGGCCUGGAGCAUUUGAGGAAGGCUUAAAAAGGCUGAAGGAAGGGGACCUGCCAGUCACCAUCCUGUUCAUGGAAGCAGCAAUUCUUCAGGACCCUGGAGAUGCAGAGGCAUGGCAGUUCCUCGGGAUAACCCAGGCGGAGAAUGAAAAUGAACAAGCAGCUAUUGUCGCCCUCCAGAGGUGCUUAGAAUUACAGCCCAACAACUUAAAAGCUUUGAUGGCCUUGGCUGUGAGUUAUACUAACACUGGCCAUCAACAGGAUGCCUGCGAAGCUCUGAAGAAUUGGAUUAAGCAAAAUCCAAAGUACAAAUACCUUGUGAAAAGUAAGAAGGGAUCUCCAGGCCUCACCCGGCGGAUGUCUAAGUCCCCAGUUGACAGCUCUGUUCUGGAAGGAGUGAAGGAAUUAUAUCUGGAAGCUGCCCACCAAAAUGGAGAUAUGAUCGACCCAGACCUGCAGACAGGUCUAGGGGUUCUGUUCCACCUGAGUGGAGAAUUUAAUAGAGCAAUAGAUGCAUUUAACGCUGCCUUAACUGUUCGGCCAGAGGACUAUUCACUAUGGAACCGUCUUGGGGCGACCUUGGCGAAUGGAGACCGCAGCGAGGAAGCCGUGGAGGCCUACACGCGAGCACUGGAGAUUCAGCCAGGAUUCAUCCGAUCCAGAUACAACCUGGGAAUAAGCUGCAUCAACCUGGGCGCCUACAGAGAAGCGGUCAGCAAUUUUCUCACUGCCCUCAGUUUGCAAAGAAAGAGCAGGAAUCAGCAGCAAGUUCCUCAUCCUGCAAUCUCUGGGAAUAUCUGGGCUGCCCUCAGAAUUGCACUUUCUCUGAUGGACCAACCAGAACUCUUCCAGGCGGCUAAUCUUGGUGACCUGGAUGUCCUCUUAAGAGCUUUCAACUUGGAUCCUUGAAGAAAGAAUAAUACCACUACUAAUAAUCCCUGAUCUGUGUGAUUGUACUGAAAAUGAAAAACUAUUUUAUUAUGAAUUUCAAAAGGAUAAAUCAAAUAUUCAAAAGGCCAUGGUCAUAUAGCCCAAGGAAAUUAAUUCCUGUGGACAAUGCCCAGUCUCUGUUCAGAUCCAAAAGCACAAAAUGUUGUAUAUAGAGUCAAAGUCACGCUCAAUAGAAGAAUUAAGAGACUCAAGACAAACCAAGAUAAAGUAACUGUGUGUUGAAUACUCUUUCCACAAGUUGCAAGCAUAUUGCAACACACAUUCUUUGGGUUUUUUGUCUCCCCUUGCAACUGAUAACACAUCUGAGGAACUUGUUCAUGGGAAACAUGGAAAAAGCACUGCCUCAGAUUGGGAAAUUCUGACUGUUUCUGAACUGUCUCCUUUUGCAAGACUGAACAUAGUUUGGGCCAUUGGUGCAUGCACAUAUAUUAACUUGUGACUAAAGACAGGCGUUGCUUAAACCUGUUCCAAUUUUAACUUUUACUGUAGCCCUUUGAUUCCAGAGAGGGAGCUUUGCUGGCAAAAGCAGUUUUUGCACUAGAAAUUUUUGCUGUUCCCAAUCUAAACUUUUCUGGGAUUGUAUAUAUGCACUUUAAUAUCUUAUUUAUGCCUUGCUGGAGUUUGGUUUUGUUGCUCCAAUUUUUAACUUGGGGGUGAAGGAUUUGAGUACUCAACCUCAUUAGAUCAACGGACCAAAUAAACAAUUCCUGAAAAUAGUUUUUCAUAGUGUA